CGCGCGUUGCAAUCAGGACUAAGGCGAUCCUAGAGGCUGCGAGGAGCCGCUAGUGAGCGCUCAGCGAGCCUGCCCCUUCGCCAUCCAUUCCGAUCCUUCAAUCAAGAGGCGCGAACCUCAGCUAGUCGCCCGGGCUCUGGGGGACAGGGCCAGCCCCGCGGCGCCUCUGGCCUUCCGGCCCCCGUGACCUCAGGGCUGGGGUCGCAGCGCUUCUCACGCGAGCCGGGACUCAGUAACCCCGGGAAGGAGGUCACCACGGGGCAGCCCCGCCCCCGCCUGCCGAGUCCGGGUAGGCUGUAGCGCUGGGGAGGCAUCUGCACGCCCAGCGUUCCAGUGGGUGCAAAAAUGACGAAGAGGAGUCCCCGCGCCCCAGGAUGGAGCUUCCCGUACCCUCUCUUCGGGCUGUCCUGGGACUUCUCCCUCAAACCCCCUCCUCGGCUGGGUUCUGCACUGCCCUUGGGACGCCUUGGAAUUGGGGCUUCCAGGUGUUCCCAGCCCUCACCCCUCUAUGUACAGGCACCGAGAUGAGGUGUCCCGUAGUGGGUUCUUGCUCACCCCACCCCCUACCCCCGCCGCCCUCCGCCACCUUUCUCUCCAAUCCCAGAGAGACCAGCCCGGUUCAGGCUGCUCCUCCCUCCAUCUCAGCUCACUCCAGGGAAGGAGGCGUGGCCACACGUACAAGCCCGCCUAUAAAGGUGGCAGUGCCUUCACCCUCACCCUGAAGGUGACAGUUCCUUGGAACCUUCCCUGAUCCUUGUGAUCCCAGGCUCCAAGAGUCCACCCUUCCCAGCUCAGCUCAGUACCUCCUUACAGCCACAGCCACCUCCAAGAUCCCUACACUGAUCAUGCUUUUCCCAAUCUCCAUGUCGGCCACGGAGUUUCUUCUGGCCUCUGUCAUCUUCUGUCUGGUAUUCUGGGUAAUCAGGGCCUCAAGACCUCGGGUCCCCAAAGGCCUGAAGAAUCCACCAGGGCCGUGGGGCUGGCCUCUGAUUGGGCACAUGCUGACCCUGGGAAAGAACCCGCACCUGGCACUGUCAAGGAUGAGCCAGCAGUAUGGGGACGUGCUGCAGAUCCGCAUUGGCUCCACACCCGUGGUGGUGCUGAGCGGCCUGGACACCAUCCGGCAGGCCCUGGUGCGGCAGGGCGAUGAUUUCAAGGGCCGGCCCGACCUCUACACCUUCACCCUCAUCAGUAAUGGUGAGAGCAUGUCCUUCAGCCCAGACUCUGGACCAGUGUGGGCUGCCCGCCGGCGCCUGGCCCAGAAUGGCCUGAAAAGUUUCUCCAUUGCCUCUGACCCAGCCUCCUCAACCUCCUGCUACCUGGAGGAGCAUGUGAGCAAGGAGGCUGAGGUCCUGAUAAGCACGUUGCAGGAGCUGAUGGCAGGGCCUGGGCACUUUAACCCCUACAGGUAUGUGGUGGUAUCCGUGACCAAUGUCAUCUGUGCCAUUUGCUUUGGCCAGCGCUAUGACCACAACCACCAAGAACUGCUUAGCCUAGUCAACCUGAGUAAUAAUUUCGGGGAGGUGGUUGGCUCUGGAAACCCAGCUGACUUCAUCCCUAUUCUUCGCUACCUACCCAACCCUUCCCUGAAUGCCUUCAAGGACCUGAAUGAGAAGUUCUACAGGUUCAUGCAGAAGAUGGUCAAGGAGCACUACAAAACCUUUGAGAAGGGCCACAUCCGGGACAUCACAGACAGCCUGAUUGAGCACUGUCAGGAGAAGCAGCUGGAUGAGAACGCCAAUGUCCAGCUGUCAGAUGAGAAGAUCAUUAACAUCGUCUUGGACCUCUUUGGAGCUGGGUUUGACACAGUCACAACUGCUAUCUCCUGGAGCCUCAUGUAUUUGGUGAUGAACCCCAGGGUACAGAGAAAGAUCCAAGAGGAGCUAGACACAGUGAUUGGCAGGUCACGGCGGCCCCGGCUCUCUGACAGAUCCCAUCUGCCCUAUAUGGAGGCCUUCAUCCUGGAGACCUUCCGACACUCUUCCUUUGUCCCCUUCACCAUCCCCCACAGCACAACAAGAGACACAAGUUUGAAAGGCUUUUACAUCCCCAAGGGGCGUUGUGUCUUUGUAAACCAGUGGCAGAUCAACCAUGACCAGAAGCUAUGGGUCAACCCAUCUGAGUUCCUACCUGAACGGUUUCUCACCCCUGAUGGUGCUAUCGACAAAGUGUUAAGUGAGAAGGUGAUUAUCUUUGGCAUGGGCAAGCGGAAGUGUAUCGGUGAGACCAUUGCCCGCUGGGAGGUCUUUCUCUUCCUGGCCAUCCUGCUGCAACGGGUGGAAUUCAGCGUGCCACUGGGCGUGAAGGUGGACAUGACCCCCAUCUAUGGGCUAACCAUGAAGCAUGCCUGCUGUGAGCACUUCCAAAUGCAGCUGCGCUCUUAGGUGCUUGAGAGCCCUGAAGCCUAGACUCUGUCUACCUGGUCUGGUUGGGCAGCCAGACCAGCGGGCUGGCCUACGUGGUCUAAGGUUCAGCCUGAAACUCAUAGACACUGAUCUGGCUGCAGUUUUGCUAUCUGGGCUGUGGGCAAGCCUAAGGGAUCCUGCCUGCCCCUACCCUGGACUUGCCUCUGCACACCCUCCAGAGACAACAGGUAAAACAGGGCCACAUAGAUGCUGAUGGAGCCUUCCCAAGUUGUGCUUGAGCCAGGAGGCCUGCUAGGGUUAGGAGGUCCUCAGGCCUCUGAGAAGCUCUGAAGAACUCUCUGGAAGCCCCUGGGCCCAGUAGCUAGCUGGCUCUGUGGGGGUGCUGACUGGCUUCAGCAAGUUAGAACUAGCCAAACCAGGACCCUGUCCAAUCUUUGACAAUUGGGAGCUGCCAAGAGUGAAGGGAAGAGACAGCCCAGGAUACUGGCACAGAGGUAGUCUCACUGCUUGAACUAGGCUGAGCAAUCUGACCCUAUGGGUCUAGGACACAGUUCCUGGGAACAUCGCAUUCCUCUGCCCUUCCUGCAGGCAGGAACAAACAGGGCUGCCUUCUGGCCUUGUAAGACCCUUAUUGCUGUCCAGGAGGGGCUGGGGACUUGUGUCUGCGGGGAGCAGAGCGCACAGGGAGUGCACAUAUCCACGCAACAGGACUAGGGCUGGAGUGAGGGGGUGGUAUUUCAAUUACCUUCUAUUGGUCUCCCUUCUCUACACUCUUGUAAUAAAAUGUCUAUUUUUAAUGUUUGUACACAACAAUCCUUCUAUUCUAGCCUACAUUGAGCUUGCAUGCUUGCAUAAGAGCGUAAGAACCAUUGAUUUAAUGUAAUAGGGAAAAUUCUAACCCAGGUAUCCAAAAAUGUGUAAGAACAACUACCUGAGCUAAAUAAAGAUAUUGUUCAGAAAUCCUA